AUGGUGACCAAUUCCCGUAUGAUCAGCGACGUCUAUGUACACGCUUGGUGCAAUAGUCAACCUGGCUCUCUAACUUCGCGCGACGCGACACUGACAGUUGUCGUCGUGGACCAAUCGAGCGUAUGCGAUGCUGGUGCUCAGGGAGUGCUGUUCGUAGACUGCGUGAUGCUGCAGAAUCCCUAUCUGGUAGUGUAUCUACCCCCCUCUGUUUCGUGUCAACGCCUGCUCAUCAUCACGCAGGAUGGCAUCUCUAUAACAUAUAGUCUGGCGGACUGGGGGUUGAAUAUCUGCUUUGCGGACGUUCGUUCCUACCUUGACUACCUCAACUGGUCGGAUAACCGCGUUCGGUCGAGUGUCCACCGGAGGGCGACGCUCGCGCUUCCCGGUCGCCACAUCGCCCCGAUGCUUGGCACAGAGGACGAUCAUGGAGGCUGGUCAUCCGAAGUUUUGCUUUCCAAUCGGAGCUCGUCCAAUCUGUCCGCGAUCGCCACCGACGCGUUGGAGUUUGACUCUGACGCUUCCCGGCUCGACUCCGACCUAUUCGAGCUCGACUCUGACCUAUCCGAGUUCGACUCCAUCCUGUCCGAGUUCGACUCCAUCCUGUCCGAGCUCGACUCCGACUUGUCCGAUCUCGAUUCCGACCUGUCCGAGCUCGACGAUGUGUCUGAGCUCGGCGUCGAGUGGUCGGACACUUCCGAGAUGUUGAAUGAUGACUUCGUUGACGAGCAGGGCUUCCUUCAAUAUGCAUACAUGUAUGACUGGUUUACCAUCGAUAUCUGA